GUGGAGGAACCGAUGGGGGAGGGAACAACCCUGCGCGGCGGGAACUAGCUCCUCUCGCGAGAGUUGGCGACGGCAGCGGCGCGGCGGCGUGUCGGAGAGAGUGGCUUGGGGGCGGGGAGGAGAGGCGGCGGCGGCGUCCGAGCUACGCUACUGUGGGCCGGAGCGCCGGGAGCUGGAGCGCUGCGCGGGGUCGUGGCGGCGGCGGUGAGGAGGGUGCCGAGGAGGAGGCGGAGCUAUGGCGGGGCAGCAGUUCCAGUACGAUGACAGCGGGAACACCUUCUUCUACUUCCUCACCUCCUUCGUGGGGCUCAUCGUGAUCCCAGCCACAUACUACCUCUGGCCCCGAGACCAGAAUGCGGAGCAAAUUCGAUUAAAGAAUAUCAGAAAAGUAUAUGGAAGAUGUAUGUGGUAUCGUUUACGGUUGCUAAAACCCCAGCCAAAUAUUAUUCCUACAGUAAAGAAAAUAGUUCUGCUUGCAGGCUGGGCAUUAUUCUUAUUUCUUGCCUACAAAGUUUCCAAAACAGACCGAGAAUAUCAAGAAUACAAUCCUUAUGAAGUAUUAAAUUUGGAUCCUGGAGCAACAGUAGCAGAAAUUAAGAAACAAUAUCGUUUGCUGUCACUUAAAUAUCAUCCAGAUAAAGGAGGCGAUGAAGUGAUGUUCAUGAGGAUAGCCAAAGCUUAUGCAGCUUUAACAGAUGAAGAGUCCCGGAAAAAUUGGGAAGAAUUUGGAAAUCCAGAUGGGCCUCAAGCAACAAGCUUCGGAAUUGCCUUACCAGCUUGGAUAGUUGACCAGAAAAAUUCAAUUCUUGUUUUACUUGUUUAUGGAUUGGCAUUUAUGGUUAUCCUGCCAGUUGUUGUGGGCUCUUGGUGGUAUCGGUCAAUACGAUAUAGUGGAGACCAGAUUCUAAUACGCACAACACAGAUUUAUACAUACUUUGUUUAUAAAACUCGAAAUAUGGACAUGAAACGUCUCAUUAUGGUUUUGGCUGGAGCUUCUGAAUUUGAUCCUCAGUAUAAUAAAGAUGCCACAAGCAGACCAACAGAUAAUAUUUUAAUACCACAGCUAAUCAGAGAAAUUGGCAGCAUAAAUUUAAAGAAGAAUGAGCCUCCACUUACCUGUCCAUAUAGCUUGAAGGCCAGAGUUCUUUUACUAUCUCAUCUUGCUAGAAUGAAAAUUCCCGAGACUCUUGAAGAAGAUCAGCAGUUUAUGCUGAAAAAAUGUCCUGCACUACUUCAAGAAAUGGUUAAUGUAAUUUGCCAACUAAUAAUAAUGGCCCGGAGCCGUGAAGAAAGGGAGUUUCGUGCUCCAACUUUGACAUCCUUGGAAAACUGCAUGAAGCUUUCCCAGAUGGCUGUUCAGGGCCUUCAGCAGUUUAAGUCUCCCCUUCUGCAGCUCCCUCACAUCGAAGAGGACAAUCUUAGAAGAGUUUCUAAUCAUAAAAAGUACAAAAUUAAGACUAUCCAGGAUUUGGUGAGUUUAAAAGAAUCAGAUCGUCAUAGUCUGUUACACUUCCUUGAAGAUGAAAAAUAUGAAGAAGUUAUGGCUGUCCUUGGGAGUUUUCCGUAUGUGACCAUGGACAUAAAAUCACAGGUACUGGAUGAUGAAGAUAGCAACAAUAUCACAGUAGGAUCUUUAGUUACAGUGUUGGUUAAAUUGACAAGGCAGACAAUGGCAGAAGUAUUUGAGAAGGAGCAGUCCAUUUGUGCUGCAGAGGAGCAGCCUGCAGAAGAUGGGCAGAGUGAUGCUAACAAGAACAAGUCAAAAGGAGGAUGGCAGCAGAAGGGUAAAGGACCCAAGAAAGCUGCUAAAUCAAAAAAAAAGAAACCUUUAAAAAAAAAGCCCACACCUGUACCAUUAUCUCAGGCAAAGCAACAGAAGCAAAAGCAGGCAAAUGGAGUUGUUGGGAAUGAAGCUGCAUUAAAAGAGGAUGAAGAAGAUGUUUCUGACAAAGGCAGCGAUUCUGAAGAAGAAGAAACCAAUAGAGAUUCUCAGAGUGAGAAAGAUGACGGCAGUGACAGAGACUCAGAUAGAGAGCAAGACGAAAAGCAAAACAAAGACGAUGAAGCAGAAUGGCAAGAAUUACAACAAAGUAUACAGAGAAAAGAGAGAGCUCUGCUGGAAACCAAAUCAAAAAUAACACAUCCUGUGUAUAGUCUUUACUUUCCUGAGGAAAAACAAGAGUGGUGGUGGCUUUAUAUUGCAGACAGGAAAGAGCAGACACUAAUAUCUAUGCCGUAUCAUGUGUGUACAUUGAAAGAUACAGAGGAGGUAGAACUGAAGUUUCCUGCACCAGGCAAACCUGGAAAUUAUCAGUACACAGUGUUUCUAAGAUCAGACUCCUAUAUGGGUUUGGAUCAGAUCAAACCCUUGAAGUUGGAAGUUCAUGAGGCUAAGCCUGUGCCAGAAAAUCACCCACAGUGGGAUACAGCAAUAGAAGGUGAUGAAGACCAGGAAGACAGUGAGGGAUUUGAAGAUAGCUUUGAGGAAGAAGAGGAGGAAGAGGAAGAUGAUGACUAAGCAGUACUAUGAAUGGGCCAAAGCAUUUGCACAUACUUGCAAACACCUGCUGUUUUGUAAAUUAUAAUAAACCAGAAGCAGUGUGGAACCGAUGUUGAGGGAAGUGUUGGUAUCUUUGCUAGAAAUGGGUGCAUAAAAUGGGCAGUUGGUGGUGCCUUGAUGCAAUCUGAAAAAGGAUUCUUUAAAACCUUUCAAGUAUGGGGUGGUGCAUUUAUUUCAUCUGGAAAUAAUAAUAAAUCCUUUGUUAUAACUGUUCAGAAGUGUGGGCUAUGUAUUACCUGAUCAAUUUAUGGUCCCAGUAAAAGUCAAGGUACAUGUGAAAACAAUCUUAGACAUGAGGAACUUUUCUUUGUUCAGCUUUAGUUUUAGUAAACACUAUAAUGUGAUAAACAUCACAAAUAUGUUUUAAGUAACAUCUGCUCAAGUUUUUUAAUCUCUUGAUAAGCUCUGUUAUUCAUUUAUUGAUAGGUUAUAAGUGAUAAGAGUGUAACAGUUCCAUGAGUUCAGACCUUUACUUUCAUCUGUCUUGGCCGUAACUUGGCAUUUUCUCACAUUCCACAUAAUAUAGAGGGCUACAUUAUGAAAUUUUCCUUUCUCAAUUGCCCAGAAUUAUCAGACAUAUUAUAAAAGUGGCUUUUAAUGACUUAAAACAUUUUUAAGCCUCUUGACCUGUCAAUACAAGGGUCUAAUUCUUUUGAUAAACUGUGGUGAAUAUGGGACCAUGUGUUUUCUGAUGUUGGUGGUGUAUGUCACUCAGCCGUUUUUAAAGGUUCUCUAUGAAAGCUGAAGUACAUUCGUAGCUUUUAAUCUACCUGACUCUUAACAGAAGCCUUUUAAAGAAAAUAAACACAGCGUGCAAAGGAGGUAUUUUUUUGUAUUCAUUUUGGACUCCUGUCAAUAAAAUAGAAGUUUGACUCAU